AACCAAAAAUUACGUGUAUCGAAUUCAAGAUUAAGUAUUUAUAUAUUUGAUUUUUUUGGGUUGGGUUUUGUUUGCGUCAAACCCUAGAAUCCCAUUCUCAAAAUUCUUGGCUCAACUUUGACUCUUCUUCUCUCAGGAAAUUUAAUCCUUGCUCAAUUUCAAUUGCAGAGGUCAGCUGCAAUCCCCAAUUUCUGGUUCCCGCUUGCUCAUUGAGCCGGAUUGAAAUUUCUCUGGAGGCUAGGGUUUCCAUUGAUUGGUAGCUGGAAACAGAGUUGAGAGUCGUGAGAUUUGAGGGGAAAGGUUUUUGGUUGAGUGGAAUAAGAAAGAAUUUGGCAAGAUGAUGUCAAGAUCUUAUACGAAUCUAUUGGAUUUAGCAUCUGGGAAUUUCCCGGUGAUGGGUCGGGAGAAGGAGCGGAGGCGUUUCCCGAGGGUGAUGACGGUUCCGGGGAAUAUCGCUGAGCUGGACGAUGAGCAAGCGAAUAGUGUGACAUCGGAGAAUCCGUCUUCGGUGGCUGGGGAUCGGAUGAUCAUAGUGGCGAACAUUCUGCCUUUGAGAGCAAAGCGGAGGCCGGACAACAAGGGUUGGAGUUUUAGCUGGAAUGAGGAUUCGUUGCUUUUGCGGGUUAAGGAUGGGUUGCCGGAGGAUAUGGAAGUGCUGUAUGUUGGCUCAUUGCCUGUUGAUGUUGAUCCAAUUGAGCAGGAUGAUGUGGCCAAUCAUAUCCUGGAGAAGUUUAAAUGUGUUCCCGCCUUUAUUCCGCCCAGUCUUUUGGCUAACUACUAUCAUGGUUUUUGUAAGAAGCAGCUGUGGCCACUUUUCCAUUACAUGCUGCCGUUUUCAGCUGAUCAUGGGGGUAGAUUUGAUCGGUCCCAGUGGGAAGCGUAUGUCUCUGUCAAUAAAUUGUUCUCGCAGAAAGUGAUUGAGGUGCUUAAUCCUGAAGAUGAUUUCGUUUGGAUACAUGAUUAUCACUUGAUGGUUCUGCCAACGUUUUUGAGGAGGCGUUUUGUCCGCUUGAGGAUGGGUUUUUUCCUUCACAGCCCAUUCCCCUCUUCCGAGAUAUACAGAUCACUUCCUGUUAGAGAAGAAAUCCUCAAGGCCCUACUCAACUCCGACCUUAUUGGUUUUCAUACCUUCGAUUAUGCUCGUCAUUUUCUCUCUUGUUGCAGUCGGAUGUUGGGCAUAGAGUAUCAGUCAAAGAGAGGAUACAUUGGGUUGGAUUACUAUGGAAGGACGAUUGGAAUAAAGAUUAUGACGGUUGGAAUACAUAUGGGCCAUCUUGAGACUGUACUUAGACAAGCAGAUAAAGAACUGAAGGUUGAGGAGCUAAAGCGGCAGUUUGAAGGGAAGACCGUGUUGCUUGGAGUUGAUGAUAUGGACAUAUUCAAAGGUAUCAACUUGAAACUUUUGGCUUUUGAGCAAAUGCUCAAGGAGCAUCCAAACUGGCAAGGAGAGGCUGUGCUCGUGCAGAUCGCAAAUCCUGCUAGGGCGAAAGGGAUACAUUUGGAUGAACUACAGGCCGAGAUAGAGGAGAGCUGUAAUAGAAUUUCUAAGGAGUUUGGAAGACCUGGAUAUGAACCUGUCAUUUUUGUUCACCGUUCUUUAUCAAUCAGUGAAAGAAUGGCUUAUUACAGCAUUGCUGAGUGUGUUGUGGUUACAGCAGUGAGGGAUGGGAUGAACCUGACGCCGUACGAAUAUAUUAUUUCUAGACAGGGCAUCACCGGUGCAGAAACAGGUUCAAACUCGAGUGGACCUAAGAAGAGCAUGCUAGUGGUAUCUGAGUUCAUUGGGUGCUCUCCUUCCCUAAGUGGUGCCAUUCGUGUCAAUCCAUGGAAUGUUGAAGCAACGGCAGAGGCAAUGAAUGAGUCUAUAUCAAUGUCGGAAACGGAGAAGGAGUUGCGACACGAGAAGCACUACAGAUAUGUUAGCACUCAUGAUGUAGCUUUCUGGUCUAGAAGCUUCUUACAAGAUAUGGAAAGAACUUGCGCUGAACACUUCCGGAAAAGAUGCUGGGGUAUUGGUCUUGGAUUUGGGUUCCGAGUAGUGGCAUUGGAUCCUAAUUUUAGAAAACUUUCUAUUGAUGAUAUUGUGGCUGCUUACUGUAAGGCCAAAAACAGGGCUAUACUGUUGGAUUAUGAUGGCACGUUGAUGCCUCAAAAUUUGAUCGUGAAGACUCCAAGUGCUGAGAUACUAUCUCUUUUGAACAGUCUGUGUUCUGAUCCCAAGAAUAUAGUUUUUAUGGUGAGCGGAAGAGGUAGAGAGAGCUUAAGCCAGUGGUUUAAUCCUUGCAAGAAGCUUGGACUUGCUGCAGAACAUGGCUACUUUUUAAGGUGGCCGCAAAGUGAAGAAUGGGAAACUUAUGGUCAGGGUUCCGAUUUUGGCUGGAUGCAGAUGGCUGAGCCUGUUAUGAAAUCAUAUACAGAGGCUACAGAUGGUUCUGGGAUUGAGAGGAAAGAAAGUUCCUUAGUUUGGCAUUAUCAGGAUGCAGACCCUGUUUUCGGUUAUUCUCAGGCAAAGGAAAUGUUGGAUCAUUUGGAGAGUGUCUUGGCAAAUGAACCUGUCGCUGUCAAGAGUGGACAGUUGAUAGUAGAAAUUAAACCUCAGGGUGUUAGCAAAGGUGUAGUUGCUGAAAAGAUCUUCACAUCGAUGACAGAGAAAGGGGAGCAGGCUGAUUUCGUACUAUGCAUUGGCGAUGACAGAUCCGACGAGGAUAUGUUUGAACUAAUUGGUAAUGCUGUGUCCAAAAAUAUACUUUCAUACAAUACCGAAGUAUUUGCCUGCACUGUCGGUCAAAAACCAAGCAAAGCCAAGUAUUAUCUGGAUGACUCGUCUGAAGUGGUCUCAAUGCUCGAGUCUCUCGCUGAAGAAACUUCUCCAGCAGUCUCAUCAGAUGAUGAAGAUCAUAUAUCCACAAGAAGAUUUAAUCGCCUUGCUUCUUUCGAUGAUUAGUUCUCUAAAGAGAGAGCAACCUGAGUUCGUCUAAUGGUAUCACUGCUUCUGGAUGUUUAGGUUUUAGCCGAUAGUAUAUGGAAAUGACGUAAUUUUCUUUUACUUUACUUUCUCUCGUUUAAGUCUCAUUCUUGUCUCGUUAGGCCUUCUGUUGGGCGAAGUUUAUUGAGCUCGUUAGCUGCAAUUCUUUGGUGGGUGGGGGGGACGUAGAAAAAAUGGAAGUCUGGUACAGGUUAGUGACUCGUAGUCUGAGCUAUCGGGUUCUUGAAGCUCUGUUGGUAGUUGUUGAUGCUCGAACGAGGGUACUGAUUGCGCGAGUAGGAGCCUGCGACCUCGAACUUUUUGGUGAGAUCCCCUGUACAGGUUGAUUGGUGUUUGGCUGCUGUUUUGAUUUGUGCAAUGGUUGGUUUAGGGGCAAGACCCAAUCAAAAUUAUGUGAAUAAUUCUUUUGACUGAUGGAAUGCGACUUGUUAUAAAUUCUUUUUGACACUU